AUGCUGAUUCCUUGUUGUUCGUCUCAAUUAAUGCCACCUCUUACAUAAAAUCAGCAGAGUUCAACACGUGUCUGGUGGAAGCCACGUGUCAUUAAACUCCCCUUCCAAGUUCCAACAACGACCGUUUUAGUCCCUCUCCUUGACCUGCUACUGUUACAUUCCUCCAUCUUCCCAGAUUGUUUGAGUAUCCUGUACCUUGUGAGAGAAAAUGAGCCAAGAACAGCCUCGCCGUCAAGAAACUCAAGAUCCUAUCAAGUACGGGGACGUUUUCAAUAUUACUGGAGACCUUGCAUCUAAGGUUAUACCGCCGGUGGACGCUGAUAUGAUGCAAACGGCCGAGACCAUUGUGUUCGGUCGAACCCAGAAGGGUGGCCCUGCCGCAACCAUGCAAUCUGCCGCCACCAGGAAUGAGCUUUCUGGCUUCGUAGGCCACGAGGAUGUAAGUGAUGCUGCCAGGGAUCAAGGAGUUGCAGUUAAAGAGACAGAUAUCCCUGGAAGCCGCAUCAUCACUGAAACAGUUGCCGGACAGAUCGUUGGGCAGUUUGUGGAGCCUACCUCUUUUUUUGGAGCUGCGGCUGUAAUGCAGAACGCGGUCACCAUAGGACAAGCUCUUGAAGCGACCGCCCACACUGCAGGUGAUAAACCGGUUGACCAGAGCGAUGCUGCUGCCAUACAAGCGGCAGAGGUGAGGGCAACAGGGAGCAAUGUUGUGAUACCGGGUGGACUCGCAGCCAGCGCUCAGUCUGCUGCUUCUUUCAAUGCUGGGGUUAGCAAGGACGAAGAUAAGAUUAAACUGAACGACACCCUCAUGGAUGCGGCAAUGAGGCUACCGGCAGAUAAAGUUGUAACGAAGCAGGAUGCUGAAGGCGUGAUGAGUGCAGAGCUGAGGAACAACCCAAGGCUGGCUGCCCAUCCUGGUGGUGUGGCGGAUUCCAUAACAGAAGCCGCCAGGCUCAAUGAGAACGUUAAUAAUGAACGAUCUUGUGGUGAGAGUGAUGACUGACGGGGUUGUAUCGUUUCGUUUGUAUAGUACAGUUUUGAGCUUUGUUUGUUAACAGUGAUCCAACAUUACAAAAAAAGAUGGCAUCAAACACAUUUCAAUAAAGAUCCCAUGUUAGCCGUAUAAAUGAACAGGUGAAUAAGACGUGUGGAAUGGACCAAGCUUCACAUGCAAGCAUAGAAUAUAACAAAGGAGCAGUCCAGUUUUGAAAACUUGGAAAAGUAGCGUAUGUUGAAAUGGUGUUGGCCUUGCACCUGUGAAGAGCUGCUGCCAUACGAAAGCUGCAGCAGAGGGCAGGCUCUUUAUUUGCCAAUCACAAUCCAACAGUACGCUCUCUUUUGACUCAAUUUAACAUUAAAUUAUAUGCAUGACAAUCAAUUCCACCUCAAUUUUAGAAAUUUCCAGUUUCUUGCA